CUGGAAGGGGUGCACCUCGAAGCCGAAGGGUUCCAGCGUGGCCCGGAUCCGGCGCUCCAGCUCAGCCACCCUCGGCUCCAUAGUCAGCGUCUCUGCCCCCUUGGUGUCUCUUCACCUGGCAAUUCCAGCCUGGCUCCUUCUGGGUCCUGGAUGCCUCAUUCUAAUCCUGAAGGGGAACUGCCUCAUCAGGUCUGGACCCUGGAGCCCCACCCUGAGGGGCAGGGCUGGGAUGACGCCUGCUUCACCUUGUCGAUGUGGGAUGAAAUUAACACUCUUCGGAGCCAGCUCCGGACCCAGGCUCAGGUGACACUGCUGAUGAGUCAGGCCGUACAGGGCCUGAUGGAAGACAGGGAGCGUCAGAGAUGCCAGAUUGAUAAGCUGGAAGAGGAGCUAGGCCGACUGAGAGGGGUUCCUGAUGGGCGAGCAAGAUUGGAACAAGGAGUGGAAGACCUGAACUCAGAGCUGCAGAGCCUGCGUCGGCAAGUGCAGGCCCGUCCCAGGGAAGCCAGUGUGACUGCCCUCUUGCACCAGGAGCUGCAGAAUGAUCGCCAGCUGCUGUGGGAGGAGUAUGAGACCGUUCGAGGGGAGCUGAAGCUUCUUCGGGACCAGCUGGGCCAACAGCAGGAGCUGUUGCUGAGACAGAUGGCGGACACCAGGCAGGCUCAGGGGAGGAGCUGGAAGGUGCUGGAGCAGGUACAGAGCGAUCAGGAAGGCCACAGCAGGGCGGUGGACGCUGCCAGGGUGGAGGCCCGGGAUGUUCGGCGGGAGAUCGAUCAUGUCAGGGCCAUGGUGUGUUCUUUGCAGGCCCAGAUUCGAGGGGAUCCCCCACCCCGGCCAGACUCCGCUAUCUCUAGCUCUGAUCUGAGCCUCCCAGACAGUGAUAGCAGCUGGGAUGUACCUUCUCGGGAGACAGCCAUGCCAGCAGACCUCCAGAGCCACACUGAAUCCAGCACGGAAUCCAGCACGGAGCCCAGCACCUCCAUGCCUCCUGUAAAGGGCCCCCAGACAUCUGACCAGUCGAGCAAGGCCCCAAGCUGCUCCUUCGUGACCUCUGAGUGGGCUGGCUAGCACUCCGUGCCUUGGCUUGCUGGAAACCAAAGGAAAGGCCUCUGGGCACUAUGAAGCAGCUCAUUUCCAGCAGCCUCCCCUUCCUCAGGGGCCUUAAGAGGCUUCCUCUCCCCCCAGAUUUCUUGGGGGGCUGCUGCCCCCACAUCCCUGCACGCUGCUCAUGGCUCCCCUCUGUUCCUCCUCAUUCCCUCCUUCUCCCUUUCCCUUGUUCUAAAAUCUGGAAUAAAAAGUGUUAACUCUC